AGAGUGAUGUGAAAGAUGCAGGGUCACAUCUUCCUGCUCGGCUACUUAGUAGCUUUUGCCCUCCCCAUCUCUCUGGCCUUCAACAUUGACACGAACAACCCUGAUGUUCAUGCCGGAGAAAAAAAUGAUUUUGGAUACAAAGUGCUUCAGUUCAUGUCUGGCACAACAAAGGGUGAGAUAAUCGUGACUGCACCUCUACAGCUAAAUGGAUCUGGGGGAAUUUGCAAACCUGACCAACACCAAACCACAAAUUGCUUCAACCCUAGAGGUACAUAAAUACAUUUCACUGCGAAUGCAACAGUACCAGUCAAACACUUUGGCCUGUCGAUAGCUGAGGAUUCAACAAGCUCCCAUUUCACUGUUUGCAGUCCAAGUGUGGGCCAUGAAUGUGAUGAGAACUCCUACCUGAACAGUGUGUGUUACAUGUUUACAAAUCAACUUCAGGAAUUAUCCUCAUUCAAACCUGUUUUUUCAAGAGUGCACAGAAAAGACUGUGGACCUUGUGUUCUUUUUGAUGGAUCUGCAAGUAUGACUGAAGAAGAGUUCAACAAAAAUAAAUUGUUCAUAAUGGAUAUAAUGAAAACCCUCACGAGCACAUCAGUUAUGUUUGCAGCAGUUCAGUUCUCCUCAAACUACAGGAAAGUUUUUAACUUUAAGGACUUCAGAGCUGGCACUGCCCUGGAUAAACUUGAAAAGGAGGGUCAUUUGAAGACUCUGACCAACACGCACAAAGCACUCAAAUUUGUGUUGGAAGAGAUCUGAAACCCAGACUCGGGUGCCUCACCUGACUCAACUCAAGUCCUGGUGCUAAUCACUGAUGGAGAUCCCAGCGACACAGAUAGACAUAGGGUUAUUAAGAAAUAUGAUGACAAAAACAUCAUUCGCUUUGUCAUUGGGGUGAAAAAAGCUGAACUGGACAAAUUCAGGGCCAUUGCUUCAGAACCAAAAGACAAAAACGCCUUCAAAAUUGAGAACUACGACGGACUCGCAGGAGUACUGGAGAACUUGCAAAAGAAGGUUUUUAACUUGGAAGGCUCCAAAGUGGCUCGGGCAGGAAACAUGACAAAUGAAAUGUCACAGAGUGGAUUCAGUGCAGUUUAUUACAAGGACACUUUGAUUCUUGGUUCAGUGGGAACAAACACCUGGAGUGGUUCUCUUCAAGAGCUUCACGGACCAAAUACAACACAAAUAGAAGAUCCUCACAUGCUGAUGGACUCUUACAUGGGGUACUCUGUUUCUGUUGGGGAGAGGAAGGCUCCUCUGUAUUUCACUGCACCAAGGUUUCUGCACACAGGACAGGUUGUGCUUUUCAUUCAGAAUGAAAAGAAGUGGACUGCAGCGCACAGAGAAGACGGAGACCAGUUUGGUUCCUACUUUGGUGCAGAGCUGUGCUCAGUAGAUAUCAACUCAGAUGAUGACACUGAUUUCUUACUGGUUGGAGCUCCUUUGUUUUACAAGCCUCAGGAAAAGAAAGAAGGCCAGAUCUACGUCUACACUCUGACUGAUGAGAGGAAACUGAUAAAGGUACUGGUUGUUACUGCACCAUCCAUGGGGAGAUUUGGUACCACCAUUUCUAGUCUUGCAGACCUGAAUGGAGAUGGACUUCGUGAUGUUGCUGUUGGAGCUCCCCUGGAGGAUGAAAACAGGGGGGCGGUGUACAUCUAUCUCGGUGACAGACACAAAGGGAUCCGCAGCAGUUUCAGCCAGAGAAUCCUAGGGCAGAAAAUAAAGCCUGAGCUGAGAUUCUUUGGACAGGCUAUUGUUGGGAACAUUGACCUCGGAGAGGACGAACUGCCAGAUAUUGUGGUGGGAUCACAGGGCAUGGCUGUUGUUUUAAGAUCCAGGCCUGUCUUUAAUGUCAUAGCAAGACUAUCCUUUUACCCUGAGGAGAUCAGUAAGGACAAAAUUGACUGCCUGGGCAACCAAGAUGAAAUUUUACCAAUGGUUACCCUCACAGCCUGUUUUAAAAAGAUGGAAACAACAAAGAGCAAAGCAGCAGCAUUGAGCUCUGGACUGAACAUCUCAUACACGCUUGAUGUGGAUCCAAUGAGACAAAAAACCAGAGGUUUCUUCAGUCAACUUGACAGGAAAGCCAGGAAUGUUACCUCAACCUAUGAGCUCAUGGAUAAAGACACCUGCUUCAACUACUCCAUCUACAUGCCAAAAUGUGUUGAAGACACAUAUUCGUCCAUCCCCAUCAAGUUGCAGUUUUCCCAAGAUGACAGUGAGGGCGCGAGUGCUGUCCUGAAUGUGGACAGCAAAAGACAGGCUGUCGUGGAGAUUCCCUUUGAAAAGCAAUGUAGGGGAAAUGACACCUGUAUUGCUGAACUGGAAGUGGAUUUUAACUUUAUGACGCCGACAUUGCUGGUGACAGAAGACAAUUACUUCAACGUGUCACUAGUGCUGUCCAAUCAUGGGGAUGACUCAUACAACACCAGCCUUACAAUGUACUAUCCUCCAGGCCUCUCCUUCUCCAUGAUGACUCUUACAAAGUGGACCAGACCCAUUCUUCACAGCUGUUAUGAUCUUAAAGACGUUCUCAACAAAACUAUCUGUGGUGUCAGCCGCCCCGUGUAUCGCAGCCUGUCAGUUGCAACAUUUCAUUCGUCUUUCCUCAUCAUGACCAACUACGAGUGGAACGACACCAUUGCGAUGACUAUCACUGGAAAUAGUGACAACACAAACUCCACUGGGACCAAUUCCCUGACCAAAAGCAUCCCAGUACAAUUUGAAGUCAAAAUGGCAGUGACUGUGAAAGAAGACUCCAUCAACUAUCUGGACUUCACAACAGAGGAUACUGCACCAAAAAAAAUGGUUGCAAUAUACAAGAUAAAUAAUCCUGGUUUGAAGGCCUACCCUGUAAAUGUGUCCUUGUUCUUCCCCACUAAACUGGAACACAACUUUGAAAUGACAAACUAUCAAGUCUUGGUCCAGGAGAACAAAACGGAAUGCUCCAACCUUGAAGACAAGACAUCUGACUAUUGCUCCAAAGAAAAAUACUGCAAAAUCCUGAGGUGCAACAGUUUCAUCCUGGAGAAGGAAUCCGCUGUGGAGUUUGUGUUGUCGGGAGAUGUACAAUUCAAGGAUCUCAAACAACAAGCAUCGAAUAUUGCCUUUUUCAAGAGAUAUACUGGAGACAGUGCAGAGGUUAAAUUCAAAAGUUUUCUGCAGGUCGAUUAUAACAAGCAAAAAUAUGUGCUGAAACCUUACAAACAAGAGGAAAAAUCUGAUGAAAGUGGCCUGUGGAAAAACAGAGAUCCAACUGUACAAUGGUGCAGUGAAGUUCGGGCUGAAUUUGUAAUCCCCCCCGAUCGACUCCUGAUCAUCUUGACUGGAGCUGGACUGGGACUGUUGCUUCUGAUCAUACUCACAAUCAUCAUGUUUAAGUUGGGUUUCUUUAAGAGGAAAACACUUGAGGAUUAUCAAGCGGAAGAUGAUGCUCUCCAGGCUGGCUCACCGACUGAGUUCAUCCCUUUCCCCAGCAAUGGAACAGGCAGCCAGCCAGAGACGGAUGCCAAAUCUGAUCAACCUCUAGAGGAAAAGAAGCUUCUUAAUAGUGAUGAUGAAACCAACAAUCCUUCACUGGAUGAUAUAGAGAAAAAGACUGAUGCCACUUGGAACCCUUCAUCAUUCCCAAGUUUGGAAGAACUGAAAAUAACUGAAGAUUGAUGAACCAGCCAAGCUAACACAAUCCACCUAGCAGGUCAUUUCCAAAGCUUUUUCAAUUACAAGCCAAAAUUCAUUUAAGUAGAGCAAAAACCAAAGUGUUAGUUUUAUGUCCAUUUAUAAGUUAGUACUUUGUAUGUAAUUGAGCUUGGACAGGCUUUGACUAGUCUUUCCUGAACUACUGAUACCAAUCAACAGAUUGAAAAUUAGAUAAAGAUUUAGUUUUUUACUGAUGAUCCACUGCGGUUUAUUUCCAGAGCUAGCAAUUUCCCAGUCAUACUCGGCAUUUAGCAUUUUCAUAAGUCUUAUUCAUACCUACGCAUUGAAUCUAUGAAGAAGUACAGAAAUGCAGCCUAAAUCCUGCCCCCUUACCGACAUAUUGUACUGGUGACCUUUUACAGUCAGAGUAAGCCAGCCAAUUGAGCUGCGGUGACAUCCCACUCCUACUGUGAACCAAAACACACUUUCAACUUAACAACAAAAAGUUAUCCCUCAGGUGGUGUCAGUAUUGGUUGCGUUUUCUCUUGCCUUUCCUCCUCUACUCUGCUAAUGCUAAAAACUGUUUAACGUGUAUUUUGAUUUCUUCUUUUGUCCCAAACGGCAUGUGCGUAUUUUAUGUACAGCCUGUUAAGUGGUCCUCUAGAUACAUCUGGCUGUUUGAAAGGUUGGUGGAAAGGUAGUAAGGGCUCAGGAUGUCUUCACUGUCCACCCAUAGCAGAAUAUAUAAAUUGCUUUAAAUAUUACCAUUAAUUGUUAGAAGAGCCCAUGUUUUUCUUGCCGUUUGUUGCAAAUCAAGGGUAGAAAACAUUCGCUCUGUCCUGGGAGUAAGCUGGUUUUCUGGUUUCUUCAAACCUGCAAUGCAAUCAGCAUAAUCACUUCUUCAAGAUGUGAUUAUUCAACACCUAAAUAUUUGUAUGCCGUCCUGACUCGAAGUAGAGUAAACAGAGGGAGGUCAUUUGCUCUGCUAUUUCACACUAUUACUCACAUUUUUAUUCUCAAACAACACAUGGCUGUUUCAGAUUUUUGUAAAAAAAAAAAAA